AUGGUAUCAGAAAGCUCUCUUCGAGCUGUUGCUGGCUUCACGGAUGAGGUCGCGAACACCCUGGCAGCGCAGCUGGGGCCGGGCCCGUGGCAUGUCGAGAAGCUUGAGCAGCUUUUCUCCGGUGCCAACGAAGACCUUGAGGAGGAGCCCGCGAGCCGUUCCUCCUCGCCCGCGAAGGGAUGGCGGUCAGACUCGCCGCAUCGGCAGUGGAGCUUGGCUUCUCCACUCCGGCGGCGGCACACCGUGGGCUUUGCUUCCGAGGCACCGAGCUGCGACGCUGAUGACCUGGAAGAUGAUGGGCUCUGCCAGCUUUCAGCGCUAGUUCAGACAGCCCUGCGCGGAGACGAAGAGGCCACGAAGCUGCAGCAUCUUUUGCGCAGGACGUGGCACGUUGCACAGGCCCUGGAGCAGCAGAGGCAUCGGCUCCAGGACGAGGCAGCUGAGGCCCACAAGCAGGCGAAGCUGCAGAGUGAGCGCGUCACAAGCGCCGAAAACGCUCGAGUCUCUGCCGAGGCCGCCGAGGCGGCGGCUCUCAGCGCCUUGGAGGUGGCCGGCCAGCGCCAGGUGACAAGUCGGGAGUUGAUCAGGCGACGUGAGGAAGAGCUGGAAGAGGCUCGCCUGAGGUCCGAGGGCCUGGAGGGCGAGUUGGCCCGGCAGGCUAAGGCUGGUGCUGUUGACUCAGACCGUGUUCGUCGUGAGUCGGACAUGUUUGCCUACAGACCAAUUGCACAGGAUUUGCAAAUGCUGAUCGAUAUGCCGGCUCUGGAUAGCAAGACCGUGAUCAACAGCCAGGCAGUGAAUGCGAGGUUUUUCAAAGCCUCUUUAGCAGGUCGCGAACGAAGUCGGCGAGAUGUGGAAGGUGCGGCCGGCGCAACUUGGUUGGAAUCGGCAAGUGGGAUCUGCUUCGACGAAUCGAUGCACGGCUGCUUCGGGUGCUGCACCCUCACUGUGGGGGUGGAGGCUACCUGCUUCCUCUCGCUGCUGGUGCAGAUUACCAUUAUCUCCCUAUGCUCUUCUGCGGAGACCUUGUCGCUUAUGGGCCUGAAGGUGUCCCCAGAAAUUCAAGUGAUUUGUGCCUCGUGGGCGCUCGCCGGAAUGCCUGUGGUGAUCGCCGCCGGUGUAGGUGUCCUUUACCACGUCGACCACUUGCUGAGGACUCUUUUCUGGUACUUGGUCAUCAGCUUCCCGCUGGGCAUUUCCGUGUCUGCCUGGCUGCUUCUCUCCGGCAAGGUCUGUGACAGUGUGGUCGAAGAUGAAAUCCAACGCCUUGGCUCCGUGUUCGUCUGCGGUUUUACGGAGAGCUUCGUGUUCAUGUGGACGACAGUGGCUGCGUUGCUUCACGCGUAUCUGAUCUACGUGGUGUGGUCCGCCGCAGAGGAGAUCACGGAGAUGACUUACAACUCAGUGUCCCUCUCCGCGUAUUCCAACAAGCUUCAGUUCAUGGCGAGCAUGGGCCAAGCUGCUCCCGAAAUGAAAUCGGUGCCAGUGAUGAACCCUGGCGUUUCCAUGGCGCCACGAGAGCAGGAUGAAGCCGCGCCUCUGCCGACGGAGGCCUACGUCAUCAAAGCUGCGGGAGAGGCCAUGGAGCUCCAAAGCAUUCUCCUACCGCCACUGACGGAAACCCAGGUGGAGGUGGAGAUGAGCCAUUGUGGUCUGAGCCGAGCGGAUUUACACAUGCGUGACAACGACUGGGGAGUCUCGGACUUCCCACUUGUCCUUGGCCACGAGGGUUAUGGAACGGUCCGAAAGCUUGGAAGCAAAGUUCAACACCUGAGAGUGGGUGACAGGGUUGGAGUUGGCUGGAUUCGGGAUUCUUGCAGACUCUGCGAUGCCUGCGGCGAGGGCAUGGAGAAUCUCUGCGAGACCGGCUACCAAGGUACCUUCCUCGGCAGCUCUGCCGGCCCUUUCGGCAAGGUGCCCAGCAACGAAUUUGGUGGCUGCUUCUCAAAGAUCGUGCGAGUCGAGGAGGCUUUCGCAUUCUUGCUAGCCCCAAGCCUGCCACCAGAACUUGCGUGCCCUUUGAUGGGUGCAGGUGCUGCCAUGUACGAGGCACUGUGCUCGUGGGUGAAGCCCGGAUCCCGUGUAGGCAUUGGUAGCUUCGGUGGGCUCGGCACGCUGGGAACGCAGCUGGCAAAGAAGAUGGCUGCAAAGGUCACUGUCUUCAGUGCGAGCACAGGGAAGCGUGAGGCGGCGCUGCUGGUGGGGGCGGAUGAGUUUGUGGACACGGCGAGUUCGGCUUCGAUGAUGAGGGCCGAGAACAGCAUCGACGUCUUCUUCGACACAUCUCCGGUGAACACGGGACUUAACCAGUUCAUGAGGCUCCUGAAGAUCAAUGGGACUUUUGUCCGGGUAGGUAUUCCUUUCGCUUCUGAUGCAGAGCUUCAGGCAAGCUGGCACCCCCUCAUCUUCAGUGCAAGAAAGGUUGUUGGCUCCAUUGCCUGUGGCAGAAGGCGCACGAAAGAGAUGCUCCAUCUGGUGUACAACAACCUAGACUUUUUCUCCCAGUCUUCCGCGUGGACAACCUCCCAGAUCAGACCCUUUUCGGAAGUGAACGAAGCGAUGAAGCAACUGCAGGAACAGCGGAUGGAGUCAUUCCGUAUUGUCCUUCAGUGGUGCUCUUUCAAGGCUUUCACGAGACUCCGGUCGAGGUUUGCCCACUCUGAUACUGCCGCGCCGGCGGCAGCUGUGCCGCAGUCCGCUGGGGGUGCAGCGAUGGGCAAUCCUCAGAGCUUCUUCCCAGCGCCGACCAGCGAUGUAGACUUCAAGUCGGCGUUGCCCCGUGACUCCGUGGACGUGCCGACGGAGGAACACUUCGUCCGGGAAUCUCCCGCGGACAAGGAUGUUACGCCACAGUCAGAGAAGAAGCCCACGCCGCAGAGUGCCCGCUCGGUCGGUGCACCUCAGAGCUUCUUUCCUUCACCGAGCAGCGGCGCGAAUUUCGCCUAA